AUGAAGGAAAUAUUGAGCAUUUUUUGUGUUUUAUCUGUCUCCGUUGCACAAAAUCGUUUCGCUUUAAAUAUUUUGCAUUACAAUGAUUUUCACGCGAGGUUCGUAGAGACAAGUCCAGCGGGAACAGUAUGUAAUCCAUCCGUUGCACCAUGCAUCGGAGGUUUUGCUCGUUUAGCUACGGUUGUGAGAGAAGCUAUCCAGAGGGAACCAAAAUCUCUGCUCCUUAAUGGCGGCGACAGCUUCCAGGGUACUAUUUGGUACAACUUGCUAAGAUGGAACGUUACCCAGGACUUUAUGAAUAUGCUACCACAUGAUGCCCAUGCAUUUGGAAACCAUGAGUUUGAUAACGGUAUAGAAGGCGUUGUACCUUACUUGAAAAAUUUGAAUUCUAAAGUAGUAGCAGCAAACAUCAUUGAUACUUUAGAACCUUCAAUUCAAGGUCUGUAUUAUCCUAGUAUCGUUGUGGAAAGAGACGGUCGAAAAAUUGGAAUAAUCGGCGUCAUUAUCUCCACAACUAAUGAAUUGGCAUCUACAGGACGCUUAGAAUUUACAGAUGAAGUGGAAGCUGUGAAGAAUGAAGCAGAAAAACUACACCGCGACGGCAUUGAUAUUAUAAUAGUACUGUCACAUUGUGGACUUGAUAUUGACAGGGAAAUAGCAUUACGUGGUGGCCCACAUAUAGACAUCAUUGUAGGAGGCCAUAGUCAUACUCUACUGUACAAUGGAGAUCCACCAGAAAAUUCAGUUUUUAUACCGCAAGGACCAUAUCCCGUGGUUGUGCAGCAAGAAUCGAGAAGUGUUCUAAUUGUACAAGCUGCUGCGCAUACUCAGUACUUAGGUGAAAUCAAACUAUUUUUUGAUGACAAUGGCAACCUUUUGGAUUGGGAAGGUCAUCCUCAUUUUAUUGGAAAUAAAAUUGAACAAGCUCCAGAUGUUUUAGCGAAAAUAAAUAAGUAUCUGCCGGAAGUAUCAGAAAUGGCAACCAGAGAGAUCGGAUCUUCUAUGGUUUAUAUGUCAUCAAGAUGUGCUUGCUCUGAAUGUAAUUUAGGCAGUUUUAUUUGUGAUGCAUUUAUGGAUGCUGUUGUAAAUAAAGCAGAAGGCGAUAAUUGGAAUUAUGCACACUUUUGUGUGAUUAAUCAGGGCGGUAUACGUGUCGAUAUGGAACCUGGAGUUUUAACUUUGGAAAAUGUGCUAUUAUCAACGCCAUUUGAAAACAACGUAGAAGUCUUUGAUAUAAGAGGAGACCACAUUUUAGAAAUGCUUGAAUUCUCUGUGGCUAACGUGCCUUAUCCAGGUGCAGGAAUGUUACAAGUAUCAGGAAUUCAAACUAUAUUCGACGGUUCACGUGCUAUUAACGAGCGUGUUAUGAACGUUACCGUGAGAUGCAUCGACUGUCCGGUACCCAGAUACGAACCGCUGCGGCUUGAUAAAUACUAUAAAGUUGUUUCACAAACCUUCCUCGGCAACGGCGGUGAUGGAUUUUCUAUGAUCGCUGAUAAUAGAAGAAACGUCGAAGUGGUGGGCGUUGAUUACGAUGUUCUAAUGAGGUAUAUUCAAAAGCAAAGCCCAGUAUUCAUCGAUGUUGAUGGACGAAUACAAAUCGAAGAUCCAUGUUCAGAUUGA